GCGCGCGGAGGCGCGCGAGAGGCGCGCGAAGCGCGCGAAGGCGCGUGGAGGCGCGCGAGAGGCGCGAAGGCGCGCGGAGGCGCGUGGAGGCGCGCGAGAGGCGCGAAGCGGCGCGAAGCGCGCGAAGCGCGUGGAGGCGCGCGAGAGGAGGCGGCUGCCAAGGCCCAUCCUCAAGAGGCUGAAUUCGCAGUUUGUGCAGGUCGCUUUCUCCGCCAGGAAGUUUCAGAAGCCUCAGGAAACCGAGGAGCAGCAGUUGCAGUUGCUUGCAGCCAGGUAUAAUGUUCUCUUGAGCCACGCAUACGAGUGCUCCUCCCUUGGCAGACUGUUGAAGGACAAAUGCGAGGCCGAUCAGGUCAGUCUUGUUGCAGAAUCCUUGGGUGGCAAGGCUAUCUCGACUUUGAAGAAGCGGUUGUCCAGUCUCACCCGCCUAGCGGGAUGGUGCUCAAACCAAGGCAUGUCGGCCUUUCCGAUCGACUCUCAGGUGCUGAUCGAGUACACCCAGCAUCUUCUGCAGAGCGGUGCCUCGCACUCUGUAUUUGGAUCUUGCAUCGAAGCCUGCAACUUUGCUAGAUUCAUUCUGGGAGUGGAUGCAAUUGGUGACCCUCAUAAGCGCCCGGUCGUGCAAGGGCGCCUUCGCAAGGUGCGGUUCAACCACCCGGCUCGUGUGCAAGCAAGGCCUUUCCAGGUUCGUGAGGUGGCAUACCUUGAAGCCUUCGUUCAGGACGGCCGCCGUGAUGUGAGGGACAGGUAUGCUGCAGGUGCUUGUCUGUUUUGCAUUCACUCGAGAGCCCGGAUAGGGGAUGUGAGGGCGGUCAAGCUGAUGAUCCUCGAUUUUGCAGACGGCGAAGGUUUCCUUGAGUGCAUCUCGACCUCUCACAAGUGUGCAUCGACAGGCAACCCGUUGGGGCUCGAGUUGAGCCUCGUGGCGCCUGAGCGGGGCGUGGGUCAAGGUCUUUGGGCUAAGGCUUGGGUUGAAGUGUGGCGUGCUUCGGGCCAUCCGGUCGCCACUGGCUCUUCUAGCUUGCCUCUGCUACAAUCACCUAUGCUUAAUGGAUCUUGGAGCGGUCGUCGGAUUCCGACGGGCAGGUUUGUGUCCUGGAUUUCAUCGAUCCUUAAGUCUGGAGAUGCGAGCAUGGGGGUUGACCUCAAAGGCCACUCGUGCAAGCAUACUGCCCUCUCGUGGGCAAGCAAGACGGACAUGUCCAAGGACACUUGCGCAAUCUUGGGACAUCAUUCCUUGAAGGAUCGACGAUCGGUCGUUACAUACUCCAGGGACAUUCAGGCGGAACCGUUACGGGAGCUGUGUCAAAUGUACUGUGACAUUCGGUGUGGCCGGUACCUUCCGGAUAUGGCACGGUCGGGUCUUUAUGCAAAGGGCCCUGGCGCUGCUGAAACGGGCGAGGAGCUACUUGGUGACAGUGUGUUUGAGACUGAGGCUGAAAGAAACUGGUAUCGGCCGGCAGUCAGCCCUGGCUCAGCGUGA